AUGGCGCAGGCGCGCCUUAAGUAGCAUCAGUGGGCCAGGUCACGCCGGUGGCGGUCAGAACGAGCCAUCAUGUCAGACCCGUCAGAGCGAGAUCGCGGUGCGCGGACGCGACGCAGAGCCUCGGGAGGGAUCGCCACGGCAUGUCAGCCCGGCUGGGCUCGCUGGUGUUUGCGCAUGGCUCCAUCACGAAGCAGGAUGGAGAAGAGAAUGGAGACGAGUGGGGCGUGUGGAGGACCGUGGGGCGGCUCAUGGGCGGGGCAGGCCGCCAGAGCCGCCAAGGAUCCCAAGGUGGCUGCUGUCGAGAUCGCGCGACCCGAGCCAAAGGGACGCCGUGGGUGCCAAGACCGAGCGCCGGUCACGCGCGCCGGUCACGCGCACUCAUGCGUAUCGCGAGACAAAACAGAUGCCAAGACGACAGUGAGGCGGAACGUCAAGAUCCCGGCCAGGCCAUGCCGCAUUUCCCACGCUGCUCACAUCAUCCACAACUUGCCAGAUUGUGCGCGAGAAUGUGGAUCGUGGUGAUCUUCCAGUAUCUGUGCCUCGGCCUGCAGAUCCGAUGCACCAUUUUGCGAUGUCGCUCAGACCGGAUCUAUGGGAGUAUUGGCCCUCUGGCCUCCGGGUCCAGCUCGCCCAGCCCAGGUGGGACUAUUGUGGGAGCAAGGCUUGUUCUUCCGACCAAAGCGUUCGGGCCGAGGCGCGUUCCUCGGCUCGAUGAAGCUCAAUGGCAGAGGUCAUGUGCUCGCUGAUGCUGAUCUGUUGUGUAGACAAUGCCUGCGUUCGGCGCAUGUGCCUGGGCAUGGGCGUGGGCCUGGUCGCCAUGGCUCGCGGCGUGCAGGACGAAUCCACCGUCGACGAGCG